UCUCAUUAGUAAUAACCUCUUAGCUAUCUGCUACUUAGUAUAAUCUUCAUGGCUGCCUCAAACCCAAACCAUCUCCAAAUUGUGAUCCCUGAGCACAAUGCACAACAAAAUCAAUGUGAUUUUCCUAAAGAUAAAUACUUUGAUUACUCACAAAGGGCACAAUGGCUUCGUGCUGCUGUGCUCGGGGCCAAUGAUGGAUUGGUCUGCACUGCGUCAUUAAUGAUGGGAGUUGGAGCUGUUAAAGAAGAUGCCAAGGUGAUGGUUCUUACCGGAUUUGCAGGACUAUUCGCUGGUGCUUGUAGCAUGGCGAUUGGAGAGUUUGUCUCUGUGCACUCUCAACUAGACAUAGAAAUAGCCCAAAUGAAGAGAGAAAAGAGAAUGACAAACAAUGGACAGAACGAAGUAGAAUUGGAAAAGGAAAAACUCCCUAAACCUUGGCAGGCAGCCAUGGCAUCAGCUCUUGCAUUUUCUCUAGGUGCCGUUGUACCAUUACUUGCAGCUGCAUUUAUAGCAAACUAUAAGGUGAGGCUAGGAGUGGUGGUGGCAGCAGUCACCUUAGCAUUGGUUGCUUUUGGGGGAGUCGGGGCAGUGGUAGGCGGGACACCGGUGGCGAGUUCUUGUCCUAGGGUGGUGGUCGGUGGCUGGAUGGCUAUGGGGAUUACAUUUGGUCUUACCAAGUUAAUUGGCUCCAGUGGUCUGGAAAUGUGAUUGCUAAGUUCACCUUCAGUUUCAGCUUUCCUAAAUAUGUUGAAUAAAACUUGGGUUGUGGUUGAAAACGCUGUAACACAACAACAAAUGAUGUAUUGUAUAACCAUCCUAUGCUUUGUUUUUAUUUCCUUCAAUGCUUUCAAGUACUGUAUUGUGCUCAUUUUUAGAAUAUUUAAG